AAAUGGUAAUAAAUUUUAAUUUAUUUAUUUAUGAUGUUUAUUGUUCAAUAUAAUUUUCUUGAUGAUUUUAUAUAUAAUUUUCAAAAGGGAGGAAAAGAAGGUAAUCCACCUGAUAUGGGAAAGAUCUUUUUCGAAACUCGAAAGAAGAAUGAAAAGUUUGUUGAGCUUGAAACUGAAGAAAAACAUGAACAAAUUGUAGAGACCAUUCAAGCAAAGCCAACACUUUCUAAUAUUGAGGUAAUUGAAAAAUGUUUUAGAGCGCAACGUCACAGCCAUGUGUUUGGCUAUGGGGGUGGAAUCAAACGGAAGAACUUUAAAGAUCCUAGUAAAAAGAGGAUGGAAGAGCUUCAAACUAAACUUAAUGACAAGGAUGAAGAAAAUCGCAUCCUAAAGAGGCGCAUUGUAGAGUUUGAAGAAAGAUUGCGAAGGAUUGAAUCUGUGAUACAACAAAACCCAAAUGCUUCAACUGAAUUUUCCCCAUCUUCUGUUGAUGAAGAUGUUGAUGAGGUUCUAUUAUUUUGAAGUCAUUGAUACAUUUUUCUUAGUUUGCAUGUUUCCUUGGUUGUGUGCCGUUUUUCACAUGAGAUUCUAU